AUUUUAAAACUACAAUGUCAUAUUUUGAGCACUAACAAGAAAUUUAGUUUUACGUGGUCUUAUACCAAAAUACGUUCUACCGAAGUCGCAUGAACGAGCGGCGAACAUCGGAACUAUUCGAACAUUGUUAGUGUUAAAAUUGCUAGAUGGCGGUGCCGGUGCACAUCACGAAGUAACCAUGAGCAUUCAAACGCUAAAUCAGAAAGGUUGUGGUCGUGUUUAGGUUGAGCUGGAAUCGUAGUAGUAUAGUUUAUUAUUUUUAUUUAUUGGUGUGACUCAGAAUAAAGAGUGUUGAUUGACUGUUCGUGCAGCUGAGAAGUUAAGAUGGCUGAUUCAGUAAUCAAAGAAGUUUCAAGCAAUAAGUGCUUCGGUGGAUAUCAGAAAGUGUUUUCUCAUGAAAGCAAGGAGCUAGGAUGUAGCAUGAACUUUGCGGUUUAUCUGCCGCCGCAGGCUGUCGAAGGCAAGGGCAAGGUCAAGGUCCCUGCUAUCUACUGGCUAUCAGGGCUGACCUGCACGGAGCAGAACUUCAUCCAGAAGGCCGGGGCCCAGCGGUACGCUGCCGAACACAACGUCGCGAUCGUGGGGCCGGACACCAGCCCCAGAGGCUUAAGCAUACCCGGUGAGGAUGACAGCUGGGACUUCGGGUCGGGCGCGGGCUUCUACGUGGAUGCCACGCAGGACCCGUGGAAGAGCAACUACCGCAUGUACUCGUACGUGACCAAGGAGCUGCCCGAGAUAAUCGUCGCGAACUUUCCCGUUCAGCCGGGCUCGCAGUCCAUCACGGGACACAGCAUGGGAGGCCACGGUGCCUUGGUGAUCGCCCUGAAGAAUCCUGGCAAGUACCGCAGUGCAUCGGCGUUCUGCCCCAUCAGCAACCCCUUGAAGUGUCCCUGGGGGCAGAAGGCGUUCAGCGGCUACCUCGGUCCGGACCAGGCGGCCUGGAGUAGCUGGGAUGCCACGGAGUUGGUCAAGAACUACAGCGGCCCUGCGUUAAACAUCUUGGUGGACCAGGGCACCGAGGAUCAGUUCUACAAGGAGUCCCAGUUGUUGCCGGAGAACCUGAAGGAUGCAGCCAAGAAAGCAGACGUACCACUCACACUCAACUUGAGAGAAGGCUAUGACCACAGUUACUUCUUUGUGUCUACGUUCAUUGGCGACCACAUUGCACACCACGCAAAGUUCCUCAAGUCGUGAACACUGCAUCGAAAAUAUUGAUCUUUUGUUGGUUUAACAUGGCAUUUAUAGUUGGGUCAGACACAUUUAUGGAAACAUACAGAUCUGGAUUGAACUCUUGAGUGGACUGAAGAAUCCUGAUCAGUGAUUUCACUCAAAACAUGCUUGAUCCGACUGUAUCAGGACUGUAAUGCACUACCUUUAUUGCAUGUUAAUUUGAACAUCAAUUUUGCACAAAUCCAAUUCUUCUGUUUAGUUAAAAACACAAGAAUUGUUUUUAAAUCCUUCUACCCUAUUGUAAUAUUAUCCAUCACCAUCAGUUGUCACAACCUCCUUUUACAUAACUUUCUAUAUUAAACACACAAGGAAUGGAGCGAGUUACCGUGUUUUCUCGCAUAAUCGUCGCACAUUUUAUUCUAAAAUUAAGUUUGAAAAGUAGGGGUGAGACGAUUAUGCAGAAAAAAAAAAUUUUGUUAGGUAAAGUUAUUUAUAAAAAAACCGUUCAUGAAAAGUACGUUUAUUUAAAAAAAGGUGGAGUAUACAAGAGCACGCCAAACAAUCUAUAUCAAUAAUUCAUUAAACAAAAACCUUUUUUCAACUUUAAAUACAAAAACCAAAACUCUAAACGCGAACGCAAGCCACUUUCUGACGUGAACUAACGUGUCGUAGUAUACACUUGCCACGAAAGAAUGCGGGCUAUCAAAUAUAGUUAACUCGGCAGUUGACAGAGAGCGCGUGAUGCAUCCAAUUGGUGAGAUAUUGAUAUUCGACUACGUACGCGUGCUCUAUACAGGAAGCAACAUAAACAAACAUGAAUGAUGCGUUGGCUACAUUUUUAUAAGCGGUACGCCGCGGCAACACAGACAAUCAGAUAAAGGAAAUAACGUUUAAAAAGUCUUUAAAAGAAAAUUUACAUGUCAGACAACUUCUUAUUUCCGUUAAUUAAAUACAUAAGUGGUAAUGACCGAAAUUAAAUUUUAGAUUUCUACUUUAAAAUACAUUGUUUUAUAGGGAAAAGAUACCUACAUCGGUAAACCGCAGCGACGCAGAUGAUCAGAUAAAGGAAAUAACGUUUAAAAAGUCUUAUAAAGAAAAUUUACAUGUCAGACAACUUCAUAUAUUUCCGUUAAUUAAGUAAGUGGUAAUGACUGAAUAAAUAAUAGAUUUCUACUUUAAAAUACAUCGUUUUAUACGGAAAAGAUACCUACACAAAGCGCUCGGCAUCUACUAGCGGGACCAAAAACAUAAUGCGAGUUUACGCAAGAAAGAUUUUUAUCCCAAUUUUAACGGCCUAAAAUAUGGGUGCGACAAUUAUGUGAUAAAAGAGGGUAAUCUAAUGCAGUUUCCAAGCAUGACUGAAGUGAAUAAUCAUUAUUAAAAGUUUAUCCUAAACUCUCUGGAUCGUACUGGAAGUAAAGCAAAAACCGAAAGCACCAUUUUGAAGGUGUCUUGAGUGAUCAAGUGGUAGAAAAUUUAAGGUAUGAGCAGUUUUAAAAUGUGCAAAGUAAUUUUGGGAAACAGUUUGCCAAAUCUUAUAAAAGGUGGCGAUAUUAAUCACGAAACUAAAUUCUGUUUUACUUUUCAUCCUGAACUUGUCGUGGUGGGCUCUAACUUUGAGGAAAUAAAACUUACCUAACUUGGGCCAGCUUCGCUCCAACUGUACUCGUUUCUACACUUCAGUCCAUGUCAAACCCUUGUAUUAAAGGCAUCAGUCGAUAUUCACUCCCAGCUCAGUCCACUUGGACUCCACUCCAGGUUCUGUCCACUUCAAAAUUUCAUCCGAAAAAAAGUAAGUAAUUAUGUGUUUAAAACAGGAAUAAUGUUAUGUAACUUUGAAGAAGUCUGGAUGCAAGAUUGAGGAUUUAAUUGGAACUUGCUAACCUACAGCUGUGCUCCAUUUUUUUUUUCUGUUAAAAUGUUUGUAGACAAAAUUUUCAUUUCAAGAUUGUUACAUGCGACCCAACCCAAUUUUUUUUGGCUUGGAUAAAUAAAGUGUUAAUAAAUGGAUAUUCUUUAUCAAUUUCGUAAAACUUUUUGUUUGUUCUUCGUUAGAGUCAACAGAAAAUGUAAAUUUAGAUAUGGACUUGAACUAGUAAAGAAUUACAUACAUUCUAAUAUACUGUAAAUGUAACUUAAUAUGUAUUGUGAUUAUGUGAGUUUAAUUUCUAGAUAAGUUGGAUAAGAUUUUGAAGAGAAUAUAUUUUCUAAUAAGGAAAUUGUUAUAAACUUGUUACCACAAAAAAAUGUAUUUAGGCAAUAAAUUGCUUCAAAUUAUAAAA